CAUGAUCCGUAGCGGGAUGAAUGAUUAUUUUCUCAAAAGGACUUUUAUAGUGACAGACUGCUCAGGACUGACGAAAAUGACAAUCGUUGUAAGUCUGGAAACGCAAAGGGAGGUUUUCCAACCAUAAUUUCUAACUUUUAGUUUCUAAAAUAGGGAACGUGUACACCCUGUGAAGUAAUUUGAGCGAAGCAAAUUCAUGCAGUCUAUCCACUGUUAAAGCAACUUUGGAUUACAGCAGCACGAUAGCCCAUCUCAUAGUUAAACAUGUUUUCGAAUGAUGUUAACGAUGCUGUACACGAUGGGACCAUUUACGUUCGGGAGAAAGGUGAACUACGUUGUGUAAACAAUAGGCGUGAGCCUGGACAACCAUGUGUAAAUAAGAAGCCACCGAGACUUUUUGACAAAGAUUUUUCUGUGCGACUAUGUAUAGACAAUAUAACUGCUUCUUCUAAGAGGAAAGAUCACUUCGUCUUCACAUACAACAGUGAAGGGAGCUUACGAUAUACUGUAAAAUCUUUAUUUGACAUCUGCUUAGUAUAUAUUGCUGACAACGUCCAACACAUUGAAUCUCUAGUUGGUUUUCCUGAACAAAUGGCUGAUAGACUAUUCGCAGCUGCAGAGGAAAAGCAAAAAUUCUCAGAUCCAGAGACAGGUCCAAGGGCUCUGCAAGUGUUUUGUGAAGCGUAUGGAGAUCUUGUGCUAAGGUCAUUGUGUUUGAGAAACAGAUUUUCUUUGCUGUCUGAAAAAUUGGAGGAAAUCAAGACAUUUCAAAGUGUCCAGUGCUUAGACCUUCAUGGAUGCCAGUUGGGAGACAGCCAUGGAAUCUUUGAACAUUUAACAUCAGACCGAUUGGGCAGGAGUCUUUCCCAAUUGUUUUUGGGGGCAAACUGUUUGUCAGAUACCGGCCUUCAGAAACUAACAGCACCGGUCAGAGUGAUGAAGAGAGGACUUCAAAACCUUCAACUGCUGGACCUGAGUUACAACCCUAUCUCUGAAAGGGCAGUGGGAUAUUUGGCUUGCUUUCAGAAAUUGCGAGGCCUUGAUCUGUCCGAAACGCUUAGUAAGCCUGGAAUGUCCUUGAAUAAGCUCCUAUGGAAUAAAAUGAGACUGGUUCCCUCUGACACCCCAGUGAAAGCCUUUUGUCACUCCUGCUGUAAAACAGAGGGCUGGGCACAGGAGGUCAUAAACCAAUGGGAAGUGAGCGCUGCCCAAUUAUCAAAGAAAGAUAUGAAACCAAGGACAAAUGCUCUUCGUUUUUAUGGAAGGGAGAAGUUUGUCCGAGAGACACUGAAUUCGACUCCUGUGGUUUGCAACAAACAAGAUGAUGUGAUCUUGAGGCUGCAGUUCUACAGACCUGAUCAAAACCUUCAAACACUGCAAGUAAAACUCACUGGAAAUACAGACAGUAAAACAGACUUGCCAGCACAGAAAGGCAUGAAAAGAAAACUGUCCAUGGAGAAUGAGAAUGCAGUUGUUAGCAGCAUGACUGCAAAACGGCAGUCUGUGUCUUCGUUCUCUGCUGAAGACUUGGACUUGUUAAAUAGUUACUGAUCCAUCCAUAAAUUAUCUUUUUCUAACCAUUACAAGGGUAUGGGCUGAGUGGUUAAGUUUCAGUGUUAAAAAAACACAACGUUGUUUUAUUAUUACCAGUGAAAAUAAAAUUAAAACAUUACAUUUGCA